GGGCGCCACUGGGGCUGGGGCUGGGGCUGGAGCUGGGGCUGGGGUGGUCCCGGUCCUGGUCCUGGUCCUGGUCCCGGUCCCGGUCCUGGUCCCAGUGUCAGGGCCGUGCUCGGGGCCCUCGUUACCAGCCCCGUGGGGCUGCCCGGCUGGAUCGCUCGCCUCGCGUCCCCUAUUUGGGACCCGAUGGGCACCCUCCCUGAGACCCCGUGGCCUUCUCCCACUUUCCCCAGCAGCAAGGCUUGGUCGAAGAACCCUAGGAAGAAGGAUCCAGGUUGGGAGGGACCUCGGGAGGUGUUGGGAAGCGAUGUGAGUGCCCCUGAUGGGUGGGCACGCUCCUGAUGUUUGGGUGUUUGCUGCUAGUGCAGCAGUGCUGGAGCACCAGCACGUAGCGCUGAGACCCCAGCAGCAUGGGCAAGUCUCUUUGGAGCCUUCUGGUCAACCCAAAGCCAAGUUCGGCAAGAAGUCAGCAACCCGUCCUUCCUUUAGCAUGGAGCUGAGAUGAAGUUCCUCAAAGGCAAGCUCAAAAUCUGGCUCAGUUGGCCGUGCCAUUGGGGAAUUUCGGGGACCCCGAAAUUGUGCAGCACCAUCUGCUCUGUGUCAGGGGGUUUGGCGUUCUGAUCACUGCUGCUGGUUGCUGUGGGUGAACCGAGAGAACCGGUAACACGCAGGGAGAGCACAGCGGGCAGCUGUCCCCUGAGCCCUGCCUGCAAAGGGCAGGCUGAGGAGCUUGUCCAGGGACACUGGCAGUAGCUGCGGCUGACUUGAGAACUGCUGAACGCUGCCCUAAACCCUCUGACUUGCAGUUUUACGUACCGCUGGGUCAGUCGUUUAAGCAGGCGAUUGUCUGUGGUGGUGACCGUGUAAGAGCUAUCUCUGGGUUUGUCGAACCUUGACUUCCAGCCUUCGGAGCAUUCCUGUGCGAUUGCCUGUUUCUCCAGAGUCCUUUGCUAUCUUGGUGGUUUUAUUGAGAUGGGUCAUGUUGCAUCUCCCCGUUUCUUUCUAUAAUCAAACAGGUUUAUCAAUGGAACGUGCUUUCUAAGCAAUGAUUGAGUCUUGAAACAGUGGGGUUCUCCUAUUACAGGGUCAGCUGUGUUUCGGUUCUGUUUUUUAAGCACCUCAACUCCUCCAGUCUCUGUCUGCACGUGCAGACACACCACCAAGAAGGCAAUGGUCAUGGUCUGUCGUGGCAGUGAUGGACUGCACGGCACCAGAGGCGUUGUGCUCUCUGAAUGCCUUUUGGGCUGCCAGGUGGGAGGCAGAGCCGCCUCUCCAAAACCACCAGUGAAUAAUGAAAUCAUUUCUGCCCCUUUCCAGAGAAUUUUGUCUGGCCCGCAGUAGUGCACUCGGUUCCCCGGUGAUCCUUCAUGAAUUAAUUUGCUUUAAAACGAGUUAGGCAAUCUGUAAUAAAUGUUUGCAGUGCUUAAAUCUGGAAGGCUAGAAGCUGCCCAGGUAAACUCGGAUAGAUUGCCACAAUGAAGUUAGCCUUUGCCGCAUUUGUCAUCUAUCCUUAAUGAAGAUGUGUUGCCUAGAACCAUGCUGGUAGGACAUUGUAUUAUUUCCUUAAUUUUUUAUGGAUGGAGCCAUGUAUUGACUGUCAUUGUUUUUGUCAGGAAAUACUAGUUUGGAUGCUACAGUUUAUUCUAAAAUUUGGUGCCAAAAUGAGAAUUUCCUUCAGAGCUCUCUGCUCAGGUCUUACAGAACUGGUAGGUAAGAGCUAGCCGGAAUGUCGAUGAAGUGUCUUAAUUGUGGCAGUUCUCAUUUAAUGCUUUCUGUGUACCAAAUGAUCUCGAGUGAAAAAGGUAAAUACUUCAGCCUUCGAAAUCUUUAAAACCUGAAUCCGCAUCCAGCGACAAGCCUGGGAGAGGCACCCAGGCAGGCGCUUGCUGGGGGAAGGCAGCCGGUCGCUGUGCUCUUCUCUGGGCACCGGAGACCUCCGAGGCCCUCGCCUCACGGUGAGGGAGCACCAGCAGGAUUUUUUUUCUCGCUGAUUUUAAUUAAAUCCUUGAUGGUAGCUCCACGGUUUUGCAGGUAGGCCGUGCAUUCCCCUGCUAACAGGCAGCUGAGUAAGGACACUCGGAUGUGGAAGAUGCGUGCAGGUACAGCACCAGUGGUGCCUUGAGCAAGGUGCAUAAAGCCCCAGCCAGUCGCUUGGAGACUUGUGUGUCCCAGCAGAGAUGGAUGUGACGGUCAGAGCUGUGCCUGGGUGCUCCUGGAGGACCCUCAGCAGUCCCUGUGCCUCCCUGGAAACUCUUGCACCUGAGAAGCACUGUGCUUUGGGCUGUCGUGCAGGGGGCUUCGCUCUGAACCUCAUCUUCCCAGGGAUAUCUCUUGCUGAAUGUUCUGGAGGGGAUGGUGCCGAGUCCCAAGGGAGGCGUUUCCAAACAUCUGAUUGUGGGCAGAUUGUGAAAAUGUGCAGGAUUUCGGCAUGCUGUCUCCUGUUUUUUUUUUUUUUAUUGAGUAAUCUUGCAGUGUAGUCCCCUCCUUGCCAGGUAUGGCUGUAAAAGGGGGAGGUUUCAGGCAGACCGAUGACCAGAGCCCAGUGAGUGAUCUGCGCGUUAGGUAGUCCUGGAAUAAAAAGGAGAUGAAAUGUAGUGGAUCAGUUCAGCAUCUGCCAGAAACAAUAAGCUGUUAUCCAUCCGUCAGAGGUAGUGAGAAGAGACCUUACCAGGAGGUAAAGCUCACAUUCAGCUGGCAGCAUAACUCGCUGUGAAGCUCGCAGAAAGUCCAGACGAAUCUGAAAGCCUGGGGCAAGCGAAAGAAGCAGGGUUUCUUACCUUGCUGCCUGCAGCUGGGCAGCUCUAAUUUUCUCGGGUUGAGUUCAGCUUCAGAGCAACCCACGGAGCUGUAAAGCAUCCUUCUCUCCUGUUCUAGGGGCUGCCUUCUUGAUCCUGAUCAGCCGGCAGUUGGAAGUCGCUGUAAAGACUUUGCUGUCAGGGAAACAGCAUUGCAGUGAUGGGCAGAAGCAUUCCUUGCUUUCCCACCCAAACUGCUUGCGGCAUCAUCACCUCCUGGGGUCCAUCUCAACAUGAACUCUAUCAGCUCUUCCAGAUUUUGAUAAGUACAUGAGAAGUCAGCGCCCAUCUGUUUCUGCAUCUACUUGUCACGGAGCUCUGCUGCAGCAGGAAAAAAUAUUUUUUAAAACAAAAUGUUAGGCUGCAGGAGGUGUUAGAAUGGGAGCUUUUGGAGGCCCAAAAUAUAAAUUGGUCCAAAGGGGGAUUAGUCAAAUUCGCUGAGGAUUUGUCCAGUACAGCCUCCUAGCAGCGACAGUCUCAGUGCAGCUCGAGCCAAGCAGUUCUUCAGCAGCUGAUAUGGGAGGAUGCCCUGAAGAGGAAUUGCCCAGUUAGUUCUGUUUCUCAUUCUCUCUCCCCAGCUUUCCACUCCUGGUGUGAAUAGGGAUGGGAAGCUCGAGUAGAUGGACAUUUUGCUUGACUGACUGCGGCAGUCCGUAGCUUUGCACACCCUGCGAAGAUGUUUCGGGCUGCUCACCAGAAUGUGGGCUGUCCUGCUGGGGGGUUCGGACAGAGCUGCUGAAAGAGGACAGGAGCUUGAGCACACAGGGCAAGCACUGUGCUUCCAGCCAGGACUUGCGAGUGAGUGCUCCUGCUGUGGGCUCUCAGGUCUUUCUUGUCCACAUAUCUCUCCCCCCACAUACCAGUAUUUUGGAGUUUACUCAACCUGCAGGAUACUUGUUCCCUUUAAGACCGUUGUGCUGGUCGGUGUCGUCACCAGUGAGUUUUGUCAGAGUCUUGUCUUGCAUCAUAACGUCCUCCUGCACAGAGCUGGAAAGCCAGCGUUAAGGUAGGCUCUGUUGGAACCAGCUGCUUUCGUUUGUUUGGCAGGGCACGCAAAUAGCAUGGCGAGUUCGUAGGUUUUCCUAGAUUGCUGCUUGGGUUAUCCUCUAGGAAGGAAUGCCAAAAUGGAUUUCGUAUGCUCCAAAAUUGUUCCCAGGGUCUCUUGCUACUAGGCAAAGCCUAGGCCAGCUGCAGGUAGCAAGUGCUGUAGGAGUAUCACCUCUCUGGUUCCUUGCAGACUUGCACAAAAGUGUGUAAAUGAGUUUUCCUUCCUCGUCUGAGGGGCUCAGCCCUUCUGCUGCUUGUUGUUCUGAGGUCUGUUGUCCCGCGCCCAGGUUUCCAGAGAGACACCUUUGAGAAGGAGGCGUUGUUUGUGUUCAGAGCAGCUGAAAACAGGUUUGUCUUGAGGGGAUUCAACUUCUUACGACCUUUCUUUCAAAUGUCUUUACUUCUGCUUUACUCUGUUCUCCUCCCUGUCACCCACCCUAAAACUCACGUUAGGCUGUGCAUUGCUCUAGAAUUAGCUCUUUCUGGAAGCUUUGUCUCUUUGUAACUGAAGAAAAUGAAUGGAAUAAUCAGUCUUUAUUGGUGAGACUUGCUGAGACUGUGAAGAUGACAAUUUCUGUAGUUUCUGUUUGUGACUGGGGGAACAGUACUUAUCUGGAACAGAAAAUGUUGCAGUGUUUUUAGAUAAAAGGAAGGAGAUAAUGACUUUCAACUCCAGCUGUAAGGUAUGAUUUCUUCAACUCCUGCUUAAAUGAGGCUCAGAAGUUGGGUACCUUCUCUGUCCAAAUAUUUCUUGUGUAGUUCUGAGUAAACCCUUUGUGAGUAAGAUUUGUUUGUCCUUUCAGAGGAUGUAAUGGAAGCACUUGCUCAGCUAUCACAGUGAAAUUGCUUCAGGCCUCCUCCUUCAUAGCUAUGGGUGUGUUAUGCUCAUGGUAAGCCCAAACGGGCAGGAAUACUGAAUGUCCAGGGUUCAAAACAGUGCCAAAUUCAGGAUUAGGAUGAUUCUAAUAGGGGAACAGGUUGGUGCCACAUCUUUUGAUUACAGCGCCUUCCCUGUAGCGUCUAGUUGCAGCCUGUUUUGGGGACGUGAUGCUGCAUCAAGUCAGGCUCCAGCUCCCUUUCCCUCUUUAGGCUUUUCACCUUCUGUCCCGUUGCAGGGGUACGUUUUGUCGUUAGCCACAAGAAUACAAACGCCUUCUGGCCUCACCUCAUGGUCUUGCCCUUCCUGCCUUGCGGUGGCGUUGGCUGGAGGAGCUGGGCUGCAGCUUUGUCCGUCUGGUGGUGGUAGAUGGCAGCACACCUCCCCGCGGAAAAAAAUUCAUUAUUUUUUUUCUGGUUGUUCUCUGAGUGUUGGCCCCCAUCGCUAUGGCCCCAGGCUGUAGCUGUAGUUAGGGGGUAACGUGGUUCGUGUCUGUCCUCUGACAAAACUCCUGCAUUUUGUCAUGUUGCAUCUCCUUCAAGGACCAGACUGUAGAGCUAUAAUCAAGUUCUUUCUGUUUCUGUGCUUAAGAGAAGAGAUAUUUUAAAAAUAAAAGAUGGGUUAGCUGUGUGCUAGCAGAUGAGGAGAAAGGACAGGCCAGAUUAUUCGGGUCUGCUGAGAUACAGAGGAAGGCAGCGAAAGGCUUAUUACGCGUUGCAGAACAGCUGCGUGGAGCCUCCUGAACUGGUGCUCAAAUCAUUUCUGAUAUCCCACUGUGUCCUUUAGCAUAAGCACGUCUGUUUGCCACGCUGCGGCGAGGGGUGUGGAUGCUAUAGAGAAUUCUGAAAGGUUUGCUUUGCCGAACGGCUGCAUCUCGCUGCUGCUGCUCGGCCUCAGAGCUCUGUAACCCCACGAGCAGAUGCGAUUGACUUUUUGGGAUGCUGGGUGUUGCGAGAAUCUUACCGGGCCUCCAGUUACUCCAGCAAUGUUCAGAGGAGUGGGCAAUUCAUGCACCAUUAGUCUAUUUUCCAUUAACUUGCAAGUGUCUCUCUCGUUUCCAGUUGUCAUCUUCUAAAUGGAUUCCAGUGAGUUUUCGGGCUCGUUGGACCCCCUGUCUCUGCCUGACAAACCACUUAUUGGCGAUCUUCCUGCUGACAUGGAGUUUGGGGAAGAUCUCCUGGGCUCCCAAACAGCUUCUACCCAGGAGGCUUCCGUUCUUCAGCCCCCUGACUGGGAUCAAUCCAAGCAGGUGACCGCAGACGGGGACUUGGACCUUCUAGUGAAGGGGGACAGCCUGUCUGAACUAAACAAAUCAAGUGACCUCAGUCUAGAUAAACCUAGUGUCUUGGACAUGCUGGAGAAACCCGGUGUCUUAGAUGACCUGGAUAAAACUGCUGGCUUGAUGGAGCUAGAUAAAUCGGAGGGUCUGGACGGGCUGUAUAAGGCACGGCCUUCCCAGGACGCAGAGGAUGGGCCGGGGGACUCCUCUGCCCCCUCUAGAGAAGCCCUCGUUCCAGAAACGUGGAAAGAAGGGGAAGACGCACCAAAAAAAGACUCUGGGGACCUAAAGGAAGAUGGUGCUGCUGCUAUUCCUGCGCCGUCUGAUGACAAUGCCCCCGAAUCGCCCCCACAGCCCGUCCCUCACUCUGGAGACCUCGGCAGUGCCCCAGCCACAGAAGAAACCACAGCACAAUCCUCAGCUCCGCCAGCGGCCCCUGCACAGCUCAGUCUUAAACAGUCAAAAAAGACGAGGUUGAAGGCACCAAGGAAAAGCUCGCCUGUGCAGAGGGAAGGGCCUGCAGGGGAAGCAGAGGUGGAGCUGAGCCCGGACAAUAAUGCAGCAGCUCUGCCCCAUGAGCCCACGGAGGAAAACCAGGCGGAGGAAGGAGAUGACAACGGGAACAACCCCCUUAAAGAAAGUAGCGUACCGAAGGCACAGGAAGCUGUGCCACCAGCAGGAGAAGGCCUGUCUGGGAAGGGAAGCGAGACGCCAGCUGAGAAGGAACAGAAAAGAAGUGAACGAGCCAGAAGAUCAGAAACUACCAGGCCUGAAACUGUGAACUCCUCUGAGAGCAUUCCAGUCUCUGAUGAAGAUUCUGAUGCGAUGGUGGACGAUCCCAAUGACGAGGAUUUUGUUCCUUUUCGUACCCGACGCUCGACUCGCAUGUCCUUACGCACGCAGAUGGCUCAGCGAGCCGCCCGCUCUACGGUCACCAAGAUGACGUGUGCCAACUGCCGGACCCCUCUGCAGAAGGGCCAGACUGCCUACCAGCGUAAAGGGCUCCCUCAGCUCUUUUGCUCCAGCUCCUGCCUCACCACCUUCUCAAAAAGACCACCUGGCAAGAAAAUAUGCACCUUCUGUAAAAAGGAGAUCUGGAACACCAAGGACUCUGUGGUUGCCCAGAUUGGUUCAGGAGGCUCUUUCCAUGAGUUCUGCACCUCCGUCUGCCUCUCCCUCUAUGAGGCCCAGCAGCAGAGACCAGCACCUCAGUCUGCUGACCCCUCAGACACCAUCCGUUGCAGCGUCUGCCAUAAACCUGGUGAGAUCCAGCACGAGGUCAGCAAUGGGAACGUGGUUCACCGCAUUUGCAGCGAUGCCUGCUUCACCAAGUUCCGAGCCACCAAGGGGCUGAAAACCAACUGUUGUGAUAACUGUGGACUUUAUAUCUACAACAAGGGCUUGCCCCUGGAGUACCUCUUCCACGAAGGCCAGCAAAAGCGCUUCUGCAACUCUGCCUGUCUCAACAGUUACAAGAAGAAGAACACCCGAGUUUACCCGUGCAUGUGGUGCAAGACGCUGUGCAAAAACUUCGACAUGCUGCCCAACGUGGAUCGCAGUGGCAAGAUGGGACUGUUCUGCUCCAUUUGCUGCACUACCUCCCACAAAGUGAAGCAGUCAGGCUUGGUUGGUCCCCCUAGACCCUGCAGCUUCUGCAGAAAGAGUUUAUCUGAACCCUGCUAUUACAACAAGACAGACCGGGUUGUCUACCAGUUCUGCAGCCCCAGCUGCUGGACCAAAUUCCAGCGCACCAGCCCGGAAGGUGGGAUCCACCUGAACUGCCAUUACUGCCACAACCUUUUCAGUGGGAAGCCGGAGAUCCUUGACUGGCAGGACAAGGUGUAUCAGUUCUGCUGCAAGGACUGCUGCGAGGAUUUCAAGCGGCUGCGUGGGGUAGUGUCUCAGUGUGAGCACUGCAAGCAGGAGAAGCUGCUGCACGAGAAGAUCCGCUUCUCAGGGGUGGAGAAGAACUUCUGCAGCGAAGGGUGUGUGCUUCUUUACAAACAGGAUUUCACCAAGAACCUGGGCCUGUGCUGCAUCACCUGCACCUACUGUUCUCAGACCUGCCAGCGGGCGGUCACCGAGCAGCUGGAGGGCAGCACCUGGGACUUCUGUAGUGAAGACUGCAAAAGCAAAUACUUGCUCUGGUACUUCAAGGCAGCUCGGUGCCAUGCCUGCAAGCGUCAGGGGAAGCUGCUGGAAACCAUCCACUGGCGAGGGCAAAUCAAACACUUCUGCAACCAGCAGUGUCUGCUGCGAUUUUACAACCAACAGAACCAGCCCAACCUGGACACGCAGAAGGGGCCCGAGAGCCUGCUGAACAGUCAGUCUUCAGAACCAAAACCACCUGCCUCUUCCCCACAGAAGGCAGAGACUAACACGUUGUCAGCAAAGACCUCCUCAGCACAGAUGUCUCCAGCCGCGCCGCCUCCCCCGCCCCCUCCAGUUCCAGCCACCCCUCGGAAGAACAAAGCUGCCAUGUGUAAACCACUGAUGCAGAACCGGGGUGUUUCCUGCAAGAUAGAAAUGAAGUCCAAAGGAUGUCAGACAGAGGCUGACUGGAAGCCCCAGGUGAUUGUGUUGCCAAUCCCAGUCCCGAUCUUCGUGCCUGUGCCUAUGCAUAUGUACUGCCAGAAAGUACCUGUGCCUUUCUCCAUGCCUGUCCCGGUGCCUGUGCCAAUGUUCCUGCCCACCACACUGGAGAGCACAGAUAAGAUUGUGGAGACCAUUGAGGAGCUGAAGGUGAAGAUCCCCUCCAAUCCUCUGGAGGCUGACAUCCUGGCCAUGGCAGAGAUGAUUGCGGAGGCUGAGGAGCUGGACAAGGCCUCCUCAGACCUGUGCGACCUGGUGAGUAACCAGAGUGCAGAGGGUCUCCUGGAGGACUGCGAUCUGUUCGGACCAGCGCGGGACGACGUGUUGGCUAUGGCUGUCAAGAUGGCAAACGUCCUCGAUGAGCCAGGCCAGGACCUGGAGGCUGACUUCCCUAAGAACCCUCUGGACAUCAACCCCAGUGUGGAUUUCCUCUUUGACUGUGGGCUGGUGGGGCCAGAUGAUGUGUCCACAGAGCAAGAGCUGCCUCGUGCUGUCCGAAAGGGGCAGAAGCGUCUGGUGCUCUCUGAAAGCUGUUCCCGGGACUCGAUGAGCAGUCAGCCCAGCUGCACAGCACUCAACUACUCGUACGGUGUGAAUGCCUGGAAGUCCUGGGUGCAAGCCAAGUAUGCAGGGGGAGAGACCAGCAAGGGAGAGGAGCUGCGCUUCGGCCCCAAGCCCAUGAGGAUCAAGGAGGACAUCCUGGCCUGCACAGCAGCUGAGCUCAACUACGGCCUGGCUCAGUUUGUCAAGGAGAUAACACGGCCCAAUGGGGAGCGCUACGAACCGGACAGCAUCUAUUACCUCUGCCUAGGCAUCCAGCAGUACCUGCUCGAGAACAAUCGUAUGGUGAAUAUAUUUACAGACCUCUACUACCUGACCUUCGUGCAAGAGCUCAACAAGUCCCUGAGCGGCUGGCAACCCACGAUCUUACCAAACAACACGGUUUUCUCACGUGUUGAGGAGGAGCACCUCUGGGAGUGCAAGCAGCUGGGCGUUUACUCACCCUUUGUGCUCCUCAACACCCUCAUGUUCUUCAACACCAAGUUCUUCGGGCUGCAGACAGCGGAGGAGCACAUGCAGCUCUCCUUCACCAACGUCGUGCGCCAGUCCCGCAAGUGUACCACAGCCCGGGGCAUGACAAAGGUAGUGAGCAUUCGCUACUAUGCUCCUGCCAAGCAGAAGAAAGGCCGAGACGGUGGCACUGGAAAGCGGAAGCGUGAGGAGGAGGUACCGGUGCUGGAGCAGCGGGAGAACAGGAUGAACCCACUCCGAUGCCCAGUCAAAUUCUAUGAAUUUUAUCUCUCCAAAUGUCCUGAGAGCCUGCGGAACCGCAACGACAUCUUCUACCUGCAGCCUGAGCGGUCGUGCAUCGCCGAGUCCCCGCUUUGGUACUCGGUCAUCCCCAUGGACCGGAGCAUGCUGGAGAGCAUGCUGAACCGCAUUCUGGCAGUGAGGGAGAUCUACGAGGAGCACAGCCGGCUCGGUGGCCUGGAGGACGAUAUGGACUAAGCACAAGGUGCUGCUGGGCUGGUUCCGCUCCAGCCCUGGACACCUCAUCUCCCUGCCUCCUGCUGCGGGGGCCGUGCAGCGCAGGGUGGGGCCGGGGCUGCAGCAGUGCUGUCCCCUCAUCGUUACGGGACUCAGACAUCCCAUCCUGCUCCUAACAGGCCUGUCCUACCGCGUCCCAGAGCCGUGUGGGCCAUCUUCCCCCAGGCCAGGCCCUGCAGCACAGAGGUGGCAAAGCCCCCAGGGCGGUGGCCCCGGCUUGGCUCUGUCCUCCUGUUCCCCAGGGCUGCGGCCCCUUCCCCUGACACUAACCCCUUCUCCCCCUGCCCCGGGGCAGGAACCGCACAAUACGGCAGAGUGCUGCCUGGGACCAGCAGCCCCUGAGGCUUUUAAUUCCCCUUUCCCUUGGCAUCAGCUCUUGGAGGCUGCAGGUGGCGUGGCAGGAACAGCUCUGCUGCAGUGGGACAGGGUUUUCAAGGCAGCAGGGAAGGACCACGGGCGGCACGUGAGCUGCUGGGCAGGGCAAGGGCCGAUUUCAAGGGCGGGAGGUGGCUGUGGGGAGCAGAUGGAGUCGGUGCUGGAACGCGAGGGCUGAGACCCAGCUGGGCUGCCUCCCUCAAUUUUGUCGACGUUUUCUGAGUCAGCAGAAAACUGACUGACACGGGUCUGUGCCAGUGCUGCCCCUCUUCCCCCCCGUCCCCGUGUGAGGUGCCACCAGCAGUGCAAGCCGGCCGGGGUGCUGGCGGCGGUGGCAGGUCCCUCCGCUCCUGCUCUGGGCUCGGGCAGCUGCUGGCAGAAGCCAGGGGCUCUGCCUGGCCUCUCCCCUCCCUCCCAAAGCUGCAGGGCCCCCGUGCCCUGCCUGGAGCAGGCUUGGCUCCGGCCGUGCUCUUCCCUGCUGCCUCCUGCCCCUCCUCGUGUUCUGGUUGGUUUUCCUGAGCUGUACAUGGGUCUCGGCACUGUUGAGCCUGUAUAUAUUGUUCUGGGCCUUGGCCCGGGGCCCUCUGUCCUCUGUGUCCAUGUGGAGAGUGAGCCACUCACCAGUCUUGUUGUAGUGAUAACAGGGCGGUAGGACUAACCCUGUGUCUCUGGAAACCAUUCAUUUCAAAUAAAGAUGCAGAAACCUG